GGCGCUUCCCCGGGCGCCGGCUGUGGCAGCAGCGGCCGUAACUCCGGCCACCUGAGCCCGAGCUAUGCGAGCCGUGGACCCGGGCGCGCGCCCCGCGCUGGCGCUGCUGCUGCUGCUGGCCGGGGCCGGGGUGGCGGCCGCCGCCUCGCCCCCAGCUCCGCCGCUCUUCAACGUGAGCCUGGACGCGGCCCCCGAGCUGCGCUGGCUGCCGGUGCUGCGGCACUUCGACCCGGACUUCUUGCGCGCUGCGAUGGCGCACAUCCUCGGGGAUGGGGUCCCCAAGUGGGUCCAUACGUUGCUUCAAAAGGCGGUCGGAGUGCUGGAGAGCUUCCUGCCGCAGCCCUUCACCGACGAGAUCCGCGGCAUGUGCGACGUCCUCAACAUCAGCCUGGCCGACGGCCUCCUCAUCAACUUGGCCUACGAGUGCUCCGCAUUCUGCACCAGUAUUGUGGCUCAAGACUCCAGAGGCCACAUUUACCAUGGCCGGAAUCUGGAUUAUACUUUUGGAACUUUCUUACGCAAGUUGACCGUGGAUGUGCAGUUCUUAAAGAAUGGGCAGAUUGCGUUCACAGGAACCACUUUUAUUGGCUACGUAGGAUUAUGGACUGGUCAGAGUCCGCACAAGUUUACCAUUUCUGGUGACGAACGAGCUAAAGGCUCGUGGUGGGAGAACAUGAUCGCUGCCCUCUUUCAGAGACACUCUCCGAUCAGCUGGGUCAUCCGCACUACCCUGAGUGAAUCAGAAAACUUUGAAGCAGCUGUUUACAAAUUGGCCAAGACUCCCCUUAUUGCUGAUGUUUAUUACAUUGUUGGUGGCACAUCCCCCCAGGAAGGAGUGGUCAUCACGAGGAACAGAGGUGGCCCGGUGGACAUUUGGCCUCUAGAUCCUUUAAAUGGAGCGUGGUUCCGAGUUGAGACAAAUUAUGACCACUGGAAGCCAGUGCCUAAGGGCGAUGACCGAAGAACACCUGCCAUCAAAGCCCUUAACGCUACGGGCCAGGCAAACCUCAGUCUGGAGACGCUCUUCCAGGUUUUGUCCGUGUUUCCAGUUAAUAACAACUACACGAUUUAUACCACGGUAAUGAGUGCUGCCAGCCCAGACAAGUACAUGACUAGGAUCCGAAACCUGGGUUAAAGAUGAUUUUUUAAAUAUGAAAUUCUUGAAGAGCUGCACUUUAAAAAAUCAAGUAAAAGGAUCGUAUUGUUUUAUGAACAAUCCAGGCUCCUUCCUCCUGAAACUUGUCAAGCUUGUGAAGCAGGGCUGGAGGAUGGCUUUGCAGCUUGUUUUGGUAACGUGGGUAACAGGCGUCUUGCCUUCGCUUCCCUUCAGGGUGUGCCGUGAGCUUCUCGAAGCUUUCUCUGUCCUGCGUGAGCAACUCCAAGAUGACUGGUCUCAGAGGGCAGGCCAGAUCCUUGGGCUUUAUUCUCAGCUUCUCACCAUAAGGCAUAGCUCUGUUGUCUACCUCAGCUUAUCAACUGAGCUGGCCAGACCUCUUGGUUCAGUAUGAAGUGCUUCUGGAAGAGUCUGAGAAAAAAGACGCUUCUGAAAGAAAUGGAGAAACCUAGUUCGAAUAGCGCCUGUUUGAAUGUUUGUUAGUCUGACCUUUGAUCAUGUAUUUCUGUGUGAUGGGAUUCUCAUUUUUCAUAAUGUUUCUAAUGUUUUUUAAAAAAACUAAUGGACCCUCCUUUUUCUAAAUAGCUACUUUCAUACUGUUUUUGAAAGCAAUAUGAAACCAAAUUAUUUCUGAUUGUCACUGAUCAUUACUUCAUAAGAUGUUGAAAGAGAUGCUGGCAAGGAGAAUAAAAAUUUUUUUCCAAGAAA